AGACAAAUUUCAGGGCGAAGUUGGUAUUUGCGUUGAAGCCGCUUCUCCCAGCGCCCGCCACACAUUGAACCGUUUCUCCUCCGUCGCUCUGAAUUAUUAUGGACAACCAAGGUAUUUCGAUGAAAGAGUCCAAAAGAAGAGAGCGCCAGUCCGCUGUGAGGAUGGAGAGAAAGAAGAGAGGAAGAGAAGAAUCAGGACAGACAGGGGAAGGCAACAGGUUGGUCUAAAAUUAGACGUUAGUGUAGGAACAGCAAAUUAAUAAUUUAUCAAAUAUUAUUUAUUUUUAUUUCAUUUAUUUGUGUUUUGUUCAAAUCUAUUAAAUGAUCAUUGUUGGACCAUAUGACUUAGCAGAAAAUAUAUAGAGCUACUGUUACAUUUUAUUAAUUUAUUCCACAAUGUUUUUGUUUUUUAUGGAGCUGAUCACCCACAGUAACAUCAAAUAAAAAUAAGUCUUUUACAUUAUAACUUCUUAUGAUUAAGUCAGAUUUAUACACCUUAAAUCACUUAGCUGAGUGUGGAAUAACUUUUGUUUGUCUUAAUCUGCUCUGAGAAGACGUCACAGGUGAGCCUAAAAAUUCAGAAAUUACGUCUUUUGGAAUAAAACUGAACACAUCUCAACAUUUUUAAAGAAAUCCUCUGAAAAAGCAAUUAGUGUUAGUGAAACUAGAGAGAAAAUAAAACCAGCACAUUGUGAAGAUGCUGGUUGAUGUUUGAGUUUUAUUAUCCACAGUGAAAGUUUACCAACAUGGCCUGAAAGGAAGAGAAACCCACAUUUUUAGAGAUUUCAUGAUGAAAGUGAAACAGAAAUCUGUUGCCUUAAUGACCCUUGUUGUUACACGUAGAGGGAAAUGCCAUCGGACCUGUGAAGGUCAGAGGUGGGAGCUUUGGGGUUUGGUGGGUGUUUUCCUACAUGACAAAGUGUUGCACUUCACAGACAGCGCUGAGGACGUGUGUGAGAACAAACCUGGUUCAGUUACACCAACUGGGUCAGGAGGAACGGGUCCAACCACCAGCAGGCUGCUGGGAAGAAACCCAAAAUGGCCGACUCAAAUCCUGCAGUUGAAAAGUUGAGGAGAUGGAUGUGGAUUUCUGAGUUUAAUUAUCAGUGUUUUCAGAUUGCUCUCCUUACAGCUUUUCCACAUUUCAGUUAAAAAUCAAAGCGUAUCAGGAUUUCUGUUCUAAUGUUUUAACCUAAUGAAAGCUGGAAGCAGAGGUGAUAGUCAUACUUCAUGUUGGAUACUUGAAAUAAUUAAUGUUCGCUUUCAGAAAUUGUGUCCACUUUUUACAUUUUUUAAAAUUCCAGUUUGUUUCUGUUUAGCUCCAGUAAAAUGAAACCCGUUGGUCUCUGUUGGUUUCUGCACUGGCACCCUUAAGACCUCCUGGGCUCGCUGCUCCUGGCAGGACUGCGUUUUGAUUUGUGUUUGGUUUACUUUGCCUGUAGGUCCGGGCCGUUACAGUUCGCACGAUGCUGAAGGUACGGAUCUGAUCCGCCGUCUGGGUGAAUGUCGUCGUCAGUAACCAUGAGUGUCUGGGUUUGGCUCUGCUGUGACAGGAAACCCGACUAACCUGAACAAACAAAUGGUUUAGAGGUGUUAGAAAGAGACAACAUUCAUGACGUGAUUACAGAGAACGUUUGGUGAAAAGCUGAUAAAUGAAUGACUUUAUUUCACAGCGUGUGUGUGGGUGUGUGUGUCCUCCCAGCUCUGGAGAACUCGGACUCGGGCAUCGGCCUGUGCGGCUGGCUGCUGGUUGGACUCUCCCUCAUGCUGAUGCUGGUCACUCUCCCCUUCUCCAUAUGGAUGUGCAUUAAGAUAGUGAAGGAGUACGAGCGAGCCAUUAUCUUCCGCCUUGGGCGCAUUCUGAAAGGAGGAGCUAAAGGACCGGGGUUGUUCUUCAUCUUACCGUGCACCGACAACUUCAUCAACGUCGACAUGCGAACCAUCACCUUCGACAUCCCGCCGCAAGAGGUUCUGACCAAAGACUCGGUGACGGUGAGCGUUGACGGCGUGGUGUACUACCGGGUCCAGAACGCCACCCUGGCUGUGGCCAACAUCACCAACGCGGACGCCGCCACCCGGCUGCUGGCCCAGACCACCCUGAGGAACGUCCUGGGCACCAAGAACCUGGCGGAGAUCCUGUCCGACCGCGAGGAGAUCGCUCACAGCAUGCAGUCGACUCUGGACGACGCCACAGACGACUGGGGGAUCAAGGUGGAGCGCGUGGAGAUCAAGGACGUGAAGCUGCCUCUGCAGCUCCAGAGAGCCAUGGCGGCCGAGGCGGAGGCGAGCCGCGAGGCCAGAGCCAAGGUGAUCGCGGCGGAGGGUGAGAUGAACGCGUCUCGGGCCCUGAAGGAGGCGUCCCUGGUGAUCUCUGAGGCCCCGUCGGCUCUGCAGCUGCGCUACCUGCAGACCCUCAACACCAUCGCCGCCGAGAAGAACUCCACCAUCAUCUUCCCGCUGCCGAUGGACAUGAUGCACAGCCUGAUGAAGCGCUGAGGAAGAACGCCGCCCACACACACAUGUUUGCGCAGCUAUGUUUGCGGGGACUUUCCAUUGACUUCCAUUCAUUUCUAACCGUAACCAAAACUCAAUUCACACCUUAGUCC